AUGGACUUGAUUGGGUUGGCCUCUCUGCUUGUUGGGAUCUUUGCAGAGCUACAGCUGAAUGGCCAAGAUUUCGGUGAUUUGUUGAUUUACACAGGAGCAAUCAUUGUUUUUUUGAGUUUAAUAGGCUGGAUCUUCUGGUACACAGGUAAUAUUGAAAUAUCAAUGGAGGAACUACAGCAAGACUACAUGAUCAAAGAUGGGACACUUGCUCGUCUGGCACGUAAAAUCUCCCGUCACCUUUCUAACCGUGAUGUUAGCCGUGGAACAAAAAGAUGGAGGAAUGAUGGACAAUGUGGUUCAGAAAAGCCAGACACGCUACAGUUAUCUAGAACGAAGGUCCCAAAACAGGAUUUGUUAACAGAAGGAACUGAGCCAUGA